AUGCUUCAGAAGUGGCAUUUUGCGCAGACGCGGAAUUCCCGCGCGAUUUACGCGCUGCAAAAUGCAGGCAAAAAGAACAUAGAGGGAAGACGUAUGGGGAAUCUCAGCGGGCAAACGGCAAUUAUAACGGGCGGUUCGCGGGGCAUCGGGGCAACCAUUGCAAAACGAUUAGCAGCGGACGGCGCGAACAUUGCGGUGAAUUUUAGUCGGAACGCGGAGGCCGCCGCGCAGAUCGUGGCGGAGAUCGAACGGGCGGGCGGAUCGGCAGAAGCGGUGCAGGGCAAUUUGAGCGACCCGGCGCAGAUCGAACGUUGCUUUGCGGAAACUCAGGCAACCUUUGGCCGUCUCGACAUUCUGGUCAAUAACGCAGGCUUAGCGGAAUAUCGCCCGCUGGCAGACUCCGACGCCGCGUUUUACGAUGCGAUUUUCGCUGUCAAUGUGCGCGGAGCCUUGCUUUGCUGCCGGGAAGCGGCGCGAUACUUCGGCAAAUCGGGCGGGCGCAUUAUCAAUAUCAGCAGCAGCCUGACCGAAUCCCCUACACCCAAUGCCUGCGUUUAUGCGGCAAGCAAAGCGGCGCUGGAAAGCUUGACCGCGUUUUUAGGGGCGGAACUCGGCUCCAAAAACAUACUGGUCAAUGCGGUGUCGCCUGGAGUGACGCGCACCGAGAUGCUGGCGCAAGUCCUGUCACCAGCCAUGCAGACGGAUUUAAUUGCCCGAACGCCGCUCGGCAGGCUGGGCGAAACCGGUGACAUUGCGGACGUUGUGGCGUUUCUCGCCUCCGACGCCGCCCGGUGGAUUACAGGGCAGGUUCUGGUCGCGAACGGCGGGCUGCGCUAA